AGUUCUCGCGAGAGCUAAGGCGUCGCGGAGCGCCGCGAGAACCACCGUUGUACGGGUUCUAGCCCGAGCCUGACUGUGCGAGUGAGGAAGGUGGCUGGUGCGGUCGGUGCAGGUGCCGCGUCCUGCCCACAGGACCUGUACAUUGGAGACAAUGUCUGGAAGCUUCUACUUUGUAAUUGUAGGCCAUCAUGAUAAUCCAGUUUUUGAAAUGGAAUUUUUACCAGCUGGAAAAGUGGAAUCUAAGGAUGAUCAUCGUCACCUGAACCAGUUCAUAGCUCAUGCAGCCCUUGACCUAGUAGAUGAAAAUAUGUGGCUGUCUAACAAUAUGUACCUGAAAACUGUGGACAAAUUCAAUGAGUGGUUUGUUUCUGCUUUUGUUACUGCAGGCCAUAUGAGAUUUAUUAUGCUUCAUGAUGUAAGACAAGAAGAUGGAAUAAAGAACUUCUUUAGUGAUGUCUAUGAUUUAUAUAUAAAGUUUGCAAUGAAUCCAUUUUAUGAACCAAAUUCACCCAUUCGAUCAAGUGCAUUUGACAGAAAAGUUCAAUUUCUUGGGAAGAAACACCUUCUAAGCUGAAUAUGGAAAACCUCUUAAAUAUGUGAUGUCAUAGUAUGCAUUGUAAGUAAGAGCCAGUCAAGUCUACUGUGUCUAGUCUUGGCUUUCUAAGCUUUUGUAAAUUAACCUCCUUUCUAAUUAGAAAGAUUGUAGGGCACCUUUUGUUGUCAUUUUUGCAGAUAAUCCAACCAAAAUAACUUAUAUUUUGAAAAAUACUGUCUUUAUAAAGCAUUGCAAGAUGAAGUGCCCUGACAAUUAUUUUGGCUUUAAAAGUUGUUUAGAAGAUUUUACUUUGACUAGUCUAUAUAUAUAUGUGUGUACACACACACACACACACACACACACAUAUAUAUGUGUAUAUAUAUAUAUAUAUAAAAUCUUAAUUAAAUCGUAAAUUAGGCAAAUGUCAUAUUUGGUUAACAGGUCUUAAACUGAAAUAUAAAAAUUGGCUCACAAUAAGAAAUAAAAUAUACAGCAUACAUGUGGAUUUUUUUAUUUAUAAAUAUAGGCAAUAUCCAUAGUGCUGAGAAAAGAUUUUUUGUUUGUCAAAUUUUGUACUAAGUAUUUAUCUGAGAGCAUCAAAUAUCAAAUCUGGCAAUAAUACCAAAAACCCAGAAACCUUACAGCAUGAAUAUAAGAUUCUACCUAUAAAUGAAAUGAUUUGAAGUGGUUGCUGAGACCAAAAGUUAAGUGUGUAAACAGCACACCUUAGCAUAAUCUUUUAUCAUUAUUAUGUAUUUGGAAUCUUGAGGAUGUUUUCUUUCCUUAGCAUUUCCUCUUUACUUUUGUAAAAGUAUUUAAGUUAUUUGCAUAUAUUAGCUUUCAAGAAUAACCUGAAUCAAAUUAAAGUUUGACAGUUUGAUAUUAAGCAUAUAGAGCAGAGUAUAACUAGGAAAGUUGCCUGGGGUGUUCGGCAUUGAAUAAAGUGUGGAAUUUUAUUCUAUAAAUUAUGUGUUAUGUUUAUAAACAGAUGACAUGUUCAUAGCCCAAUAGUUCCUGGAAAAAUUACAAAUGUCUAGAAAAGUAUUAUUGAAUUCGGUAUAAUAAAAGGGAACUUUUAUGUAACA